UCUCCAAAAUCCACCGCCACAAUUGGACAAGUCCACCGUCUGUCUAUUUGACUGACACCGCCUUAGCGGCUGUCUCCUCCCAGUGGCAACAGACUAUUUUUGCGGGGGGGACAACACAAUUUGGACCGUUUAGUGGGUUCCGUGUCCUCUGUGGGAAGCACAGUGGACGGCGGGAUAACGAGUGACUUGCUUUAGGUCGACAGCGAGGCUGCAGCAUGCUCUCCGUGUUCCUGUCGUGUGUGGAGAUAGCCUUGUACCUUCAUUUGUGCUCUCUCGUGGACUUCGGGGAUGCACACAAUGCGAAGGAAGUGGUUCUAUUGGACUCCAAAGCACAGCAGACGGAGCUGGAGUGGAUUUCCUAUCCACCUAUUGGGUGGGAAGAGAUCAGCGGCGUGGAUGAAAAUUAUACACCCAUUCGCACAUAUCAGGUGUGCAAAGUCAUGGAACCUAAUCAGAAUAACUGGCUUCGAACUAAUUGGAUUAAAAAGGGCAAGGCCCAAAGAAUUUUUGUGGAACUCAAGUUUACCUUAAGGGAUUGUAACAGUCUACCUGGUGUGGUAGGCAGCUGCAAGGAGACGUUCAACUUGUAUUAUCAAGAAACAGAUUCAGAGUUGGGUCGGAGCAUGCGAGAGAACCAGUACGUGAAAAUCGACACCAUUGCAGCUGAUGAAAGCUUCACUCAGGGCGACUUGGGGGAACGGAAGAUGAAGCUCAACACUGAAGUGCGAAUAAUUGGCCCCCUAUCCAAACAGGGCUUUUACCUGGCCUUUCAAGAUGUUGGGGCGUGCAUUGCCCUGGUGUCUGUCAAAGUGUAUUACAAGAAGUGCUGGUCCAUCAUAGAGAACUUGGCUAUAUUCCCAGACACCGUGACAGGAUCUGAGUUCUCCUCCCUGGUGGAGGUUGAGGGAAUAUGUGUGAAUGACGCAGAGGAGGAGGUGGACAACUUUCCCAAGAUGCACUGCAGCGCUGAGGGGGAAUGGCUGGUGCCCAUUGGAAAAUGCAUAUGCAAAGCAGGAUUUCAUCAGAGAGGAGAUGCAUGUGAACCAUGUGGCCAUGGGUUCUACAAAUUUUCCUCCCUGGACCUACAGUGCUCUCGUUGUCCGAUGCACAGCUUUAAUGAGCAUGAGGGUUCCUGGCGCUGCGACUGUGAGGAUGGCUACUACCGAGCUUUUUCUGACCCUCCUUCUGUGGCCUGCACAAGACCUCCUUCAGCACCACAGAAUCUAAUCUACAACAUCAACCAGACAACAGUCAGCCUGGAGUGGAGCCCGCCGGCUGACACAGGUGGACGCAGUGACGUCACCUACAGGGUUAGAUGUCGGCACUGUAGCUGGGAACCUGAAGAGUGUGAACUAUGUGGGCCAAAUGUGGGAUAUUUUCCUGCACAGUCACAGUUAGUUAAUAAUUAUGUCAACAUUGUUGACCUCCUGGCCCAUGCCAACUACACUUUUGAGGUGGAAGCUGUCAAUGGCGUGUCUGACCAGAGCCGCACGCAAAGGCUGUUUGCAGCAGUUACCGUUGCCACUGGACAAGCAGCUCCAUCCCAGAUCAGUGAAGUCAUCAAGGAGAAAGUGCACCAGCGUAGCAUCCAGCUCUCCUGGCAGGAGCCCCAGCAAUCCAAUGGGGUCAUCACAGAAUAUGAAAUCAAAUAUUAUGAAAAAGAUCUGAAGGACCGGACCUACUCCACAGUGAGGGCCAGAUCCACAUCAGCGACAGUGAACCAUCUGAAACCUAGCACAGCUUAUGUUUUCCAGAUACGGGCCUUUACCCAGGCAGGAUAUGGAACAUUUAGCCCCAGAGUGGAGAUAAUGACCAAGGAAGAGGCAACUGCUGCAAUUGUCUCCAGUGAGCAGAACCCUGUCAUCAUCAUAGCGGUGGUGGCAGUGGCAGGAACCAUCAUCCUGGUGUUCAUGGUGUUUGGCUUUAUCAUUGGGAGAAGGCAUUGUGGGUACAGUAAAGCGGAUCAAGAGGGAGAUGAAGAACUUUACUUCCAGUUUAAAUUUCCAGGCACCAAAACAUAUAUUGACCCUGAAACCUAUGAGGAUACAAAUAGAGCUGUCCAUCAAUUUGCCAAGGAGCUGGAUGUGUCCUGCAUUAAAAUGGAGCGAGUUGUCAGAGCAGGGGAGUUCGAGGAGUUGUGCAGUGGGCGAAUAACAUUACCUGGAAAACGGGACGCUUCGGUGGCCAUCAAAACAUUAAAAAUGGGUUACACUGAGAAGCAGAAACGAGACUUCCUCUGCGAAGCCAGCAUUAUGGCACAGUUUGACCAUCCCAAUGUUUUGCAUCUUGAGGGAGUAGUGACAAGAGGAAAACCAGUGAUGAUUGUUACAGAAUUCAUGGAGAAUGGCUCAUUAGAUGCCUUCCUAAGAAUGCAUGAUGGUAAAUUCACCAUCAUUCAGUUGGUUGGCAUGCUGAGGGGCAUAGCAGCAGGAAUGAGAUAUCUUGUCGACAUGGGCUAUGUUCAUCAAGAUCUUGCAGCUCGGAACGUCCUCGUCAACAGCAACCUUGUAUGUAAAGUAUCUGACUUCGGCUUGUCCCGGGUAUUAAAUGAAGAUCCUGAAACCGUCUACUCGACAACGGGUGGAAAAAUACCAGUCCGAUGGACUGCACCAGAAGCUGUCCAGUUCCGUAAAUUCACUUCUGCAAGUGAUGUUUGGAGUUAUGGCGUUGUCAUGUGGGAGGUCAUGUCCUAUGGGGAAUGGCCAUACUGGGACAUGUCCAAUCAAGAUGUAAAUAAAGCUCUCCAGGAGGGCUACCGUCUUCCAGCGCCUAUGGACUGUCCCGCAGGCCUUCAUCAGCUUAUGUUGGAUUGCUGGCAGAAAGAUAGGGGAGAUCGUCCCAAAUUUGAUCAGAUAGUCAGCAUUCUGGACAAAAUGAUUCGAAACCCAAACACACUGAAAACGCCAGUUGGAACCUGUACCAGACCAAUUACACCACUGCUGGAUCAGAGCACACUCAAUUUUGGGGCUCUUCACUCAGUGGAAAAGUGGCUGGAAGCCAUCAAGAUGGAACAAUACCAAAAUAACUUUACAGCAGCUGGCUACAGCUCCCUGAAAUCUGUGGCCAGGAUGUCAAUUGAGGAUGUCAGGAGCUUGGGUAUUACACUGGUGGGCCAUCAGAAAAAGAUCAUGAGCAGCAUACAGACGAUGAGAUCGCAGAUGCUGCGUCUUCACAAUGCAGGUGUCCAAGUCUGAUGGAAGCAAAACAACUUGUAUAGAGUUGAAUAAAUGGAAUAUCGUGCCAGCCUCACGUACUUUCGGUGUGCCUGCAGUGGGAACAUUUUUUUGUCUCCAAUGAGACAUUGCGGACUUGAAGGAGAUGACAAUUGAGAAGCAACAAUGGACGAGGCAAAUCGGAUUUCUUUCUUUUUUCUUUUUUUUUCAAUGAGCUAAUGAACACAUCAAAUGGUGUGUUAAGAAUUAGGUGUUUAAACUUAAAGUCACACACUAUUGGCGAUGGUUUUCCUUUGAAAACGGUUUGUUUUCUUCAACUUGGAAACAGGGUAUACUCAGUAGCUGCCAAAAAUGGAGAAAACGUACUUUCAGGGUGGGUUAGGCUACGGGAUAGAAUUAAAAUCUUUUUUUAACUUGGACUUGGGAACAGGGUAUACUCAGUCUUAUCCAAAUAUGGAGAAAGUGUGUUUUCUUUUGACCUGUGGAAACUAUUUCAACCUCCUGUACUUGUUGGAAGAACACUUUUCUGAAACCGUUAUUUUCAAUUCCUUUAUGUGCUACACUGAUAGGCCUUGUCAACACGGGAACACUUGUGGGCUUUAGUUUGAUGGGUUGAAAACAAGGUUGGAUCCAUACACGUCGACGUCGGAUCAAUAAUUUGUUAUGUCCAGACAGAAAUAGAUCAAAGGGUGAAAUUGAUGUAGUACACAUGCCAUGCCUACAUGUGGCGCUCUAAGCCAGGGGUGUCCAAACUAAGGCUUUCAUCCUAAAUCUGGCCUGUGGUAUGUCUUGAAACAGUUUUUAAUAAUAUUCAAGUUAAUAUAAGUUGCUUACUUCUUCUGGUUACAGUCACUUAAGUUAGCCAAAGGCCAUCUAUUAUUUAAAUGAAGCUAUUCAAACAACAUUUCAUGACCAUUGUGCAAACAAAUAAAAAAACAACACAUUUACAUAAAUAUACCUCUUUUUUAGCUUUAGUGGUGCUAUACUGUUAAUGGCGUUGCACAGGGCAAAUUUUAUAAAGUAAUGAUCGGACAUUACUUUAGUGUACGGGAGUACCAUCACAUCCAGGACAAGGACUAGGUCUAUCAUAUUACCAUUGCGAUGCGUGGGUUCAUUUAUUAUUUGUGUAAGACACAUCCAUCCCUCCAUCCAUUGUCUACCACUUGUCCCUCUCGGGGUCACGGUGGGGAGCUGUAGCCUAUCCCAGCUGCAUUCGGGCAGAAGGUGGGGUACACCCUGGACAAGUCACCACCUCAUCGCAGGACCAACACAGAUAGACAGACUACGUUCACACUCGCAUUCACACACUAGGGCAGGGGUCGGCAACCCAAAAUGUUGAAGGAGCCAUAUUGGACCAAAAAUACAAAAACAAAUCUGUCUGGAGCCGCAAAAAUGAAAAGCCAUAUUACAUACAGAUAGUGUGUCUUGAGAUAUAAAUUGAAUUAAGAGGACUUAAAGGAAACUAAAUGACCUCAAAUAUAGCUACAAAUGAGGCAUAAUGAUGCAAUAUGUACAUAUAGCUAGCCUAAAUAGCAUGUUAGCAUCGAUUAGCUUGCAGUCGUGCAGUGACUAAAUAUGUCUGAUUAGCACUCCACACAAGUCAAUAACGUCAACAAAACUCACCUUUCAUGCACAACGUUAAAAGUUUGGUGGACAAAAUGAGACAGAAAAAGAAGUGGCAUAAAACACGUCCUAGAAAGUCGGAGAAAGUUAUACAUGUAAAUAAACUACGGUGAGUUCAAGGACCGCCAAAAUUAGUAGGACAAAACGGCGCUCGCCAAAUACUCGAAUCAGUGAAGCAUGUUUAAUAUAAACAGCUAGUGUGCUU